AUGGAGCGGAGGCAGCCGCAGACCGCGCCGGCGCCGCGGCGGAAGGGCGCGCCGGCGGCGAGCCAGGAGUGGCUGGUGGUGCCGGCGGCGGGGGAGGAGAGCACGGGGGAGUUCGGGAGGCACCGGAUCAUGGAGAUAACGGGGCUGCCCGCGCGGGACCUCCGCAUGCUCGACCCGCAGCUCUCCUACCCGUCCACCAUCCUCGGCCGCGACCGCGCCGUCGUCGUCAACCUCGAGCACGUCAAGGCCAUCGUCACCGCCGCCGAGGUGCUCGUCCGCGACCCCGGCAACCCGCGCCUCCGCCCCUUCCUCCAAGAACUCCGCGCCCGCCUCGCGCUCCCGGAUGCGCCUACCACGAACCCGGCAACCGACGACAUAGAGCUGGGUGGUGAUCGGGGGAACGUGCCGAUGCCUGGCAGCGCUAAGAUCCAGCCCUUCGAGUUCAAGGUGCUCGAGGUCUGCCUCGAGCACACAUGCAAAUGCAUGGAAUCCGAGACGUUGGCCCUCGAGAAGGAGGCGUAUCCGGCCUUGGACAAGCUGACUUCCAAGGUUAGCACGCUCAACCUGGAGCACGUCAGGCAGAUCAAGAGCCGCCUGGUAGAGCUAACAGGGCGCGUGCAGAAGGUGAGGGAUGAUAUCGAGCAGUUAGUUGACGAUGACACGGAUAUGUUCGAGAUGUACCUGACGAGGAAGCUUGCGUUUCAAGGACUGAACGAGCCAUCGGGUAAAGUGGAUUCCAACAAGCAUGCAUCUCCUGACCAUGAGGAUGAGAAGGAGGAAGAAGGCAGUGGCGAUGAUAUAGAGAGCUCCCACGGAAGUUCUGCUUUUGUUAAGCCUGAUGUAGAAGAGUUGGAAAUGCUUCUCGAAGCUUACUUCGUGCAGUUUGAUGGCACACUGAACAAGUUAUGCCAUCUCCGCGACUAUGUGGAUGACACUGAGGAUUACAUCAACAUGAUGCUGGACGAGAAGCAGAACCAGCUGCUGCAGAUGGGCGUGAUGCUCACGACGGCGACCGUGGUGAUCACCGCGGGCAUCGUGGUCGUGAGCCUGUUCGGCAUGAACAUCCACAUCGAGCUGACGUUAGAUCCGGAGACCCCCGAGAUGGCGAGGAUCAAAAACAGAAAGUUCUGGGAGACCACCUGGGCCACCGUUGCCGGCUGCGCCGCUAUAUACAUUCUGGCCAUCUAUGCAGGAAAGAAGAGCAAAUACUUGCAGUGAUGCUGCCAUAUUCUGUGUUCCGCACCGGACAGACGAAGCAUCGGACCGCAAGCUCUGCAGCCCAGGGCCACGUUUUCGCCGUUGCAAAUGGAUUCAUUCCCUGUGCUGAGAACGUGAUGCGGUGGCUUUCUGUUUUGUUCUGUCUGGAAGAUGCAGUAGCUGAUGGGGUUUGGGUAGGAAUAAUUGAAUGAUGGACAUCCCACCCUUGACACGAAUGACGGUUAUAUAAAGAUGCCUUAUUUAUCCUGUCA